GCGUCCGCCGCCCUCGAGUCUCCCCAGCUGUACCAGGGGUGCAGGCGCCGUCCUGCCUGCCUUCCUUGGGGAAGGUUGGGAGGCCGGAGCUAGGCGGCCGGCGGGGUCCAGACCACCCACGGGCGUCGGAGCGGAGCAGCGGACCCAGUUCAUCCCCCGGGUGGGCGGGGCUCCCAGCUGCUGCCCACGCGGGGCUCGGCUGGGCUUUCCGCGGGGUCCUAGUGAGCGCCGCCGCGCAGCAAACCUCGGGGACCGGGAGGUCACUCGACCGCGCGCGCUGCUCCCGGGUGCCCUGUGACCCGACAGCGGAGCUCGCGGCGGCUGCCACCCGCCCCCCCCCCCGGCCAUGAGGCGCGCGCCUUCCCUGGUCCUUUUCCUCCUGUUCGCCCUUUGCGGGCGCGGGGACUGCCGCGUGGCCAAUGCUGAGGAGAAGCUGAUAGACGAUCUUCUGAACAAAACCCGUUACAACUACCUGAUCCGCCCAGCCUCCAGCUCCUCACAACUCAUCUCCAUCAAGCUGCAGCUCUCCCUGGCCCAGCUCAUCAGCGUGAAUGAGCGAGAGCAGAUCAUGACCACCAAUGUCUGGCUGAAACAGGAAUGGACUGACUACCGCCUGACCUGGAACAGCUCCCGCUAUGAGGGUGUGAACAUCCUGAGGAUCCCGGCAAAGCGCCUCUGGUUGCCCGACAUUGUGCUUUACAACAACGCCGACGGGACCUAUGAGGUGUCUGUCUACACCAAUGUUAUAGUCCGGUCCAAUGGCAGCGUCCUGUGGCUGCCCCCUGCCAUCUACAAGAGCGCCUGCAAAAUUGAGGUGAAGCACUUUCCCUUCGACCGGCAGAACUGCACCCUCAAGUUCCGUUCCUGGACCUACGACCACACGGAGAUAGACAUGGUCCUCAUGUCGCCCACAGCCAGCAUGGAUGACUUUACUCCCAGUGGCGAGUGGGACAUAGUGGCCCUCCCAGGGCGAAGGACAGUGAACCCACAGGACCCCAGCUACGUGGACGUGACUUAUGACUUCAUCAUCAAGCGCAAGCCGCUGUUCUACACCAUCAACCUCAUUAUCCCCUGCGUGCUCAUCACCUCGCUGGCCAUCCUCGUCUUCUACCUGCCAUCCGACUGUGGCGAGAAGAUGACGCUGUGCAUCUCCGUGCUGCUGGCGCUCACCGUCUUCCUGCUGCUCAUCUCCAAGAUCGUGCCGCCCACCUCCCUCGACGUGCCGCUCAUCGGGAAGUACCUCAUGUUCACCAUGGUGCUGGUCACCUUCUCCAUCGUCACCAGCGUCUGUGUGCUCAAUGUGCAUCACCGCUCGCCCAGCACCCACACCAUGGCGCCCUGGGUCAAGCGCUGCUUCCUGCACAAGCUGCCCACCUUCCUCUUCAUGAAGCGCCCUGGCCCCAACAGCAGCCCGGCCAGAGCCCUCCUGCCCAGCAAGUCACGCCUGACCAAGCCCGAGGCCGCUGCCACCUCCGCCAGCCCCUCCAACCUCUAUGGGAACUCCAUGUACUUUGUGAACCCUGCCUCUGCAGCUCCCAAGUCUCCAGCCGGCUCCACCCUGGUGGGUGUCCCCAGGGACUUCCGGCUGCGGUCCUCCAGGAGGUUCCCACAGGAUGUGCAGGAGGCAUUAGAAGGUGUCAGCUUCAUCGCCCAGCACAUGAAGAAUGACGAUGAAGACCAGAGUGUCAUUGAGGACUGGAAGUACGUGGCUAUGGUGGUGGACCGGCUAUUCCUGUGGGUGUUCGUGUUUGUGUGUGUCCUGGGCACUGUGGGGCUCUUCCUACCGCCCCUCUUCCAGACCCAUACAGCUUCUGAAGGGCCCUAGGCUGCCCAGCGUGACUGAGGGCCUCCUGUAUUGUGGAGUAAGAGGAUGCGAGUGGCCAGGUGGACAGUUUGCUGCUUCCUUCUGGGUUGUGGCUGAUGAGGCCCUAAAUAAAUAUGUGACCAUUGGCCAUCAACCCCAUCAAACCAGCCACAGCUGUGGAAGAGGCAAGGAUGGGGGCCUGGACUGUCCUCUCCGAAUCCUUGGAGGGAUCCCAGGAAGCCCCAGCAAGAGGGAGCUUCAGACAGUUCAGUUCCGCCCUGUCUUUCUUCCCUGCACCGGGCACUGGGGAAGAAGAUGAACACUGUAGCAGCACCUACUACGUACCAGGCAUGAUGUCAGCCUGCCUCUCCAUCCCCAUCUCGCUCCACUUCCCCUCGUCCAGUCCCUCACACACUUGUAGAUUCUUCCCAGCUCAGAGGCUUGGCAUUUGCCAUAUCUUGUUAUUUUUGAAACAGAGUCUCACUCUGUCCCCCAGGCUGGAGUGCGGUGUUGCAACCUCGGCUCACUGCAACCUCUGCCUCCCAGGUUCAAGUGAUUCUCCUGCCUCAGCCUCCCCAGUAGCUGGGAUUACAGGCAGCCGCCACCACGCCCAGCUAAUUUUUGUAUUUUUGUUGGCCGGGCUGGUCUCAAACUCCUGACCUCAAACGAUCUGCCCUCCUCAGGCUCCCAAAGUGCUGGGGUUACAAGCAUGAGCCACUAUGCCUGGCUUGCUGUAUCUUCUACCUGAACCUUUUUCCCCCAGGGCUUCCCAAACUCUUUCCACAAUCACAUGAGUCAGGGCAUGGCUCCAAUCCAUCCUUUGCUGCAAUGUCCCCUCCUCUGCGAGGCCUUCCCUAAGCACCCAAUCAUUCUAAAGCAGUCUCUCUAUGGCCACGUUACCUUGCCACCUUCCUCGAGCACUCCUCGGUACCUGCCACUCUCAUCUGUUGGCACAUAUGUCAUCCACAACUCACCCACUAGAGUGUGAGCUCCAUGUGAACAGAGACCUGCUCCUUCACGUUCAUGGUGGUAUCCCUAGGGCCUAGGACAGAGCUUGGCACACAGUAGAUGCUCAAUAAAUGCUUAUUGAAUGAAUGAAUGGCUACUACUCCUCCUUCAAGCUCAGACACCUGUCCUCUGAGCAGCGGUCCCUAGUUCCUCCAUCUAAAAGGUAUGGCCUGCUCCUCCAUGUUGCUGUAGCGCUGGUCGCUUUCCACUCCUCUAUUAUGGCUGGGUUCAGGUCAGUCUCCCACGCUGAUGCUCCGAUUAACUACCCGCACAUAGUAUCUUUUGCACAGUGCCUGGCACGUAGUAGGCACUCAGAAUAUUUGUGGAAAGGAGGAGGACAUUCUAAAAAAAUUCUGUUUUUAAAAUUAUUAUAUAGUAUUGACUUGUAAAUAUAUAGUUCUAGGAAUUUUAACACAUGUAUAGAUUGGAAUAACCACCAUCACAUUCAGGACACGGGAAAGAUUUGUCACCCAAAACAACUCCUUCCUGCUAUUCCGUUAGAAUCCUGACUCCCUCCACGCCUAGCCCCUGGCAACCACACAUCUUUCUCUGUCACUACAGUUGGGUCCUUUCAAGAAUGCCAUUUAAAUGGAAUCACACUGUAGUGACCUUGGAGACCGGCUUCUUUCAUUCAGCAUAGUGCCUUCGAGAUUCAAUCAAGUAGGUUUUUUGUAUUGCUAAGGAGUAUUCAGUUGUAUGAUGUUGACAUACAUUUAGGCUGUUUCCAGUUUUUGGCAAUUAUGAAUAGAGCUGAUAUAAAAAUUUACAUAUAGGAUUGUGUAUGAAUAAAAGUUUUCACUUAUUUAAACACUCA